CAGCUAAUGGAGGCCUAUAUCCGACAGAAGCGGGCUUCACCGGGCAUGGUACAGGCCAGCGAUUUACAAAUUAACCGUCCGAUAUCGGCAUUACGAACAUCAGGUCAUAACGCCCGUGAACUACAUGCCUACGAUGGACCAAUGCAAUUUAUUAGCUCCGCACAAAAUCCAGACCAAUUAAUCAAUAAUACGAAGGUGGAUAUAAUCAGUUCGCCAACAACAACAACAGCUGUAACAACGACGACGACAAUGGUCAAUAGUUCCAAAAAAAUGGGGAGGUGUUCUAAUAUUAAUUUUUUGUAUUCUCCAGAUCUCAUAGAAGAAAUUUCCACGCAAGACCUGGAGGAUGAGGAAAGCACACCCAUCGUCGUGACAACGGAGUCCAAUCAAGGCCACUUACUUAGCAGUUCAACAAAUUCCGCCUCUUCCCAACCGGGUAGACAAAGUAGAUCACGACAGCAGUCUUUCGAUGGCACCCUCGACGAAGAAGAUUAUGCCAAUCGUAAUAAUAUCGCCCUGGCCGCUCCCAUUAUGCCAGCCAAGUCGCCAACAUCCACCACAGCCAAUUCACCACAUUGCAAAGCGAAUGCACCGGCAAAUGGCCAACAGCCCGAUAAUGGUGAACCAUGUGAGCCGGAGGGUGAUAUUAUAGGGAAUAUUGAACAAUUUGUAAUGCAACCAGCACCGCAGGGAGUGCUGUACAAAUGUCGUAUUACCCGUGAUCGUAAGGGUAUGGAUAGGGGUCUCUUUCCGAUUUAUUAUCUACAUUUGGAGCGGGACUAUGGCAAGAAGAUUUUCCUUUUGGGUGGCCGUAAACGUAAGAAGAGUAAGACGUCGAAUUAUAUCAUCAGCUGUGAUCCCACCGAUUUAUCGCGAAAUGCGGAGGGUUAUUGCGGAAAAUUGCGCUCCAAUGUUUUUGGCACAUCGUUUACGGUCUAUGAUAGUGGGAGUAAGGAUAAUACCGAAAAUCCUAGGCUAGAUUUGGCCGUGGUAAUAUAUGACACCAACAUUUUAGGCUUCAAAGGACCACGAAAUAUGACUGUUAUACUGCCGGGCAUGACGGAAGAUGAUCAACGUGUCAAAAUCAGUUCCGCCGAUCCCAAACAACAGGGUAUUAUGGAUUUGUGGAAAAGCAAGCAUUUGGACAACAUCGUUGAGCUGCACAACAAAACACCCGUCUGGAACGAUGAAACCCAAUCGUAUGUUCUCAAUUUUCAUGGUCGUGUUACCCAGGCAUCGGUGAAAAAUUUCCAAUUGGUACAUGAUUCCGAUCCCGAGUACAUUGUAAUGCAAUUCGGUCGCACUUCGGAGGAUGUUUUUACCAUGGACUAUCGUUAUCCACUGUGUGCCAUGCAAGCAUUUGCCAUUGCCUUGAGCAGUUUUGAUGGUAAAAUAGCAUGCGAGUGAAUGGGGGAGGAAAAUCGUGU